UUGCCCUCAAAACAAACCGUCCCGAAAUCCCAGUAACAGCGAAGGCGAGCAGCAUAUCCACCAUCCAAAAUGACGUCGAUGCACAAAGUCUUCGCUGCCUACGAGGCCCGCAAGGCCGUGCUAGAGAAGUCGACCAACCCGCUCGCCCAGGGCGUGGCGUGGGUCGAAGGCCAGCUGUACCCGAUCCACGAGGCGCGCAUCCCAUUGCUGGACCAGGGCUUCCUGCACAGCGACCUGACGUACGACGUGCCGUCCGUGUGGGACGGGCGCUUCUUCCGCCUCGACGACCACCUGUCGCGGCUGGAGAAGAGCUGCGCGAAGAUGCGGUUGACGCUGCCGGUCCCGCGCGACGAGAUCAAACGCAUCCUGUGCGACAUGGUCGCCAAGUCCGGCAUGCGCGACGCCUUUGUCGAGCUGAUCGUCACGCGCGGCCUGAAGGGCGUGCGCGGCGCGCAGAGGCCCCAAGACCUGACGAACAGCCUGUACCUCUUCAUCCUGCCGUACAUCUGGGUCAUGGAGCCCGAGAUGCAGCUCGAGGGGUCGGGCAAGGCCAUCAUCGCGCGGACAGUUCGCCGGACGCCGCCCGGCUGCAUGGACCCAACGGUCAAGAAUCUGCAGUGGGGGGAUCUGACGAGGGGUAUGCUCGAGGCCAGCGACCGCGGCGCCAACUACCCCUUCCUGACCGACGGCGACGGCAACAUCACCGAGGGCUCGGGCUUCAACAUUGUCCUGAUCAAGGACGGCGUGCUGCACACCCCCGCGCGGGGCGUCCUCGAGGGCGUGACGCGUAAGAGCGUCUUCGACGUCGCCCAGAAGCUUGGCCUCGACGUCCGCCUCGACUUCGUCCCCGUCGAGCUGGCCUACCACUGCGACGAGAUGUUCAUGUGCACCACCGCCGGCGGCAUCAUGCCCAUCACCUCCCUCGACGGCGUGCCCGUCCGCGACGGCAAGGUCGGCCCCCUCACCGCCAAGAUCUGGGAUCUGUACUGGGACAUGCACUACGACCCGACCUACAGCUUUGCCAUCGACUAUGACGGGGCGAAGACCAAUGGGGUGAAUGGCGCGGCUCAUUAA